AUGUUCGCCGCCAGCCCGAAUACAAUUGCAUACCGCACUACCUAUGUCGCCCGGAACAUGCUCCUCCGAGGCUUCACCACUGCGCGUGAUACAGGCGGCGCUGAUGCGGCAUUACGCGAUGCUAUCGCAGAGGGACUGCUAUCUGGACCGCGCCUCUUCAUCGCGGGCAAGGCCCUCUCUCAAACCGGGGGUCAUGGGGACUUACGAGCCCCGUAUCAGGGUGACGAGCAUAAAUGUUGUGGUGGACACUCACCCGCGCUAGCUCGGAUCUGUAACGGCGUCCCAGCGUGCUUAGAGGCCGUUCGAGAUGAGCUCCGGCAAGGGGCAAACUUCAUCAAGAUAAUGUGUGGAGGGGGAGUCGCAACGCCCACCGAUGCGCUAGAUAUGCUUCAGUUCACGGCCGAAGAAAUCCAGGCCAUCACAACCACCGCCGCAUACUCCAAAACUUACGUUACCGCUCAUGCCUAUAACGCGGAGGCAAUCCGCCACGCGGUCGAUAAUGGAGUGCGUGGUAUUGAACAUGGCAAUUUCAUUGACCCCGAGACUGCCAGAUACUGCAAAGAGAAAGGGGUGGUCUUCACCCCGACCCUGAUCACCUAUCAAGGAAUGACGGAACCCCCAUUCGAUAACUUUCUUGACGAGUUUAGUCAAGCGAAGAACCUCGAGGUUCUGGCCAGUGGCCUUCAGGCUCUGGAAAUUCUACGCGAUGCUGGCAUAACAAUGUGCUACGGAUCUGAUCUUCUGGCAGGCCUCCACACGUUACAAAACCGUGAAUUCAGUAUUCGAUCAGCCGUUCUCAGUCCGCUGGAGAUCCUCCAGUCGGCGACUAUCAACGCUGCCACAUUGGUUGGUAUGGAGGGCAAAUUGGGCUGUAUAAAGGAGGGGGCGAUUGCGGAUUUCCUGAUUCUCAAUGCUAACCCGCUGGAAGACAUUACAAUUUUGGAUCAUGUAGACAAGUCAUUAAUGGCGAUUGCCAAAGAGGGGCGGAUUGUUAGUAGCAAGAUAGCGGAUUUAUCAGUGGACCCUCUUUAG